AUGUCUGCUGCUGCCGGCGCCGACGGGUUGUUCCGGUGCGGGGCCUAUGAGGGGUGCAUUUCAGGAAGCGACGUCGGGAAGGAACGGCGGCCGUACCACCGCAACUGCGGCUGCGCUUUGCACAACAGGUCGGAGAAGAAGGACCGGCAGCAGCAGCAUUGCACGCACGGAGGGCAAAAGAGUAAAAGCGUAUCGUAUCCCUUGAGGCGGGCAUGGAGCGAAGGGCACUUGGGUUUGGUGGUGGCUAGUAAUAACUCUUGUUGUUCAGGGCAUUCCUCGCCUUCUUCGUCACCGGCUGCGGCUGGGGUCAGGCAGCCGCAGCCGGUGAGGCACCACCGGUUCGGUUCUGUGGGGUCGUUCGAUCGGUUGAGUGCGUUCGACGAGGAGGAGGAGGAAGAGGAUAUUGUUUUCUUUAAGGUCUGA